ACCCGCCGCGCGGGAGCGCUCCCAGCCGGCGGGACCAGACGGGCUCCGGCGUGGCUGCGUGGGCACACGGGGACAGCGAGCUGCGCUCCGGCGCGAGCACGGGCAUCCUCACGCUGAGACGCGGGACGUGACUCAGGGAACACACAAGCUUCUUCAUCAUGGGAGCUGUAGUAGCUGAUGACGGUCCAUCAGGUGUUAAAGCCCCUGAUGGAGGCUGGGGCUGGGCUGUCCUUUUUGGCUGUUUUAUCAUCACAGGAUUCUCCUAUGCCUUUCCUAAGGCAGUUAGUGUCUUCUUUAAAGAACUUAUCCGGGAAUUUGGCAUUGGAUAUAGUGACACUGCGUGGAUUUCCUCCAUUCUGUUGGCCAUGCUUUAUGGAACAGGUCCACUUUGUAGCGUGUGUGUCAAUCGCUUUGGUUGUCGCCCUGUCAUGCUGGUGGGUGGCCUUUUUGCCUCAAUGGGGAUGGUGAUCGCUUCCUUCUGCACAAGCAUCGUCCAGAUCUAUCUAACUGCAGGUGUGAUUACUGGUUUGGGUUUGGCACUAAACUUCCAGCCUUCACUCAUCAUGUUAAACCGUUACUUUGACAAACGCCGGCCCUUAGCCAAUGGGCUAUCUGCUGCUGGGAGUCCAGUGUUUCUGUGUGCUCUCUCACCACUGGGGCAGAUACUACAGCAUGAGUAUGGUUGGAGAGGAGGAUUUCUUAUCCUGGGUGGGAUGCUGCUCAACUGCUGUGUAUGUGGAGCACUAAUGAGACCUUUGGAGCCACCCAAAAAGGCUGAAGCUACCAAAGAGCCAGCUGAGAAGAAAGUGAAGAAAAAACUUCUGGAUUUCAGUGUGUUUAAAGACAGUGGUUUUGUAAUCUAUGCGCUAGCAGCAUCUAUUAUGGUGCUUGGUCUCUUUGUUCCUCCAGUGUUUGUUGUGAGUUAUGCCAAGGAUUUAGGGUAUCAAGACACCAAAGCAGCUUUUCUUCUGACUAUUCUGGGAUUCAUUGAUAUCUUUGCUCGCCCAAUCUGUGGAAUGGUAGCUGGUCUUAAAUGGGUUAGACCACGCUGUGUCUACCUCUUCAGUUUUGCUAUGAUUUUUAAUGGCUUUACAGAUCUCAUGGGUUCUAUGUCUGUUGAUUAUCGUGGGCUGGUGGUCUUUUGCAUUUUCUUUGGCAUUUCUUAUGGAAUGGUAGGUGCUCUUCAGUUUGAAGUUCUCAUGGCUAUUGUUGGUACACAGAAGUUUUCCAGUGCUAUCGGUUUAGUGCUCCUGGCAGAAGCUAUGGCUGUCCUGAUUGGUCCACCAUCAGCAGGAAAACUCCUGGAUGCAACAGGGAGGUACAUGUUUGUUUUCAUUAUUGCUGGAAUUGAAGUUACCACCUCAGCCCUUGUAUUGGCCUUGGGAAAUUUCUUCUGCAUUAAGAAGAAAUCAGAAGAACCACAUACAAAAGAAGAAGCAGCAGAAAGAGAGGAAUUAAACAAAUCUGAAAAAACUCCUGAAGAUGCCAAAGUGGACUCUAUUGAAGUGGAACAGUUUCUGAAAGAUGAGCCUGAAAAAAAUGGUGAAGUUGUAACUAACCCAGAAACAUGUGUGUGAGCAUGACAAGGAACUGAAAAGUGUUUAGAAAAGAAAGAUUUUCAGUAUUUAUUUUAUAAACAAAAAUAGUUUAGGGUUGGGCCAUCUGCUUUAGUAACUGGGGGCUAGUCAGCUUACCAGAUCUCUUUGGAAGCUGAUUAGCUAGACAACAUCUUAAUGGGAAAAUAACUUUAUUGGUAAAAGGUGGAACAUUGUGGUUAUACAUUUUCUGUAAACUAAAAAGCUUUUAUGAACACAAAUAGGCUCUUGCUAUGCAUCACCAGAAACUGCUCACUUGGAAGAUACAGGAAAAGUAUAUUUUCAGAAAAGUGAAAUUAUAUGUAUGUUUUCAGAUAGUACUGAUGAAAUUGCUGUGUUGUGUGGCUAAAUAUAAUUUCCCUAUGUUCUUUGUGAAGGGAAAGGAAUGUGAGAUGGGUAAUAAUCUCAGGAAUUUAAAGGUCUCCAUUAGGUUUUUUAAUUUCUUACCUUUUUAGAUUUUUUAGAUUAAUUGGCUCAGCCCUAAUUUAAUUUUGAAAAUGUCUGUAACUUUGAUUUAUGUAAAUGCAUUUCUGCCUAAACCUGUAACCUGUGCAAUUAUCAUCUGGAAAUCCUGUUUUUGGAAAGGCACAUUACAGACAGUGUCCUCAGCAGAUCACACAAGUGGUAUUCCAAGGUAGUACUCAAAAAAAAAAAAAAAGGAGCAGAAUGGAUCCUGACAGAUCUUAAGGAAACAAAAUUAGCCCACAAUUCCAUACACUGUUUUCAGUAAAAUUUCCCUAGAGCAUUGAAAAAUAUUGCAAGUAACAUGGAGAAGAUUAGUAGAAUAUUUUGAAAAAGUGUCCAUUUUGCAUAUGAAAGAAAUGAUGGUGCAAGUUUCCAGAUGACUUACAGAGUGGGGAGACUUAGGAAAGAGACUGAACUGCUUUGAAACAUGUUAGUCAUCCAUAAAAUGCAAUAUUAGCAUAAUGGAAAGAUUUUAACGUGUUUAUUUUUGAGGUUUCUUUCUUCCCCAUUUAUCCACUUCCCUACCUCCUGGCUUAAUCUGUGGACGUUCAAAGUGCCAUUCUUGCUGUUUGAGGAAACAUGAUAGAACUGUUCAUCAUUUUUAUGAUGGCAUGGUACUGAAUAGAAAAGGAAGGCAUUGUAUUUUUUUCCACUCAAAACUACUCAAGAAAUUUAAUUUUUUUUUAACUAUAAAAUCAUGCUACUGCAUCCCACCUCUCAAAUCUGCAUAUAAAAAGAUGUCUAGGCUUUGUAACUGCAGUAACAAUCUUCAAAACAGACUAAUGUAACAGAUUCCAUUUUCUUAGUAGUAGCAAAGGAAUAUUGGCUUUUAGGUGCCAAAAUUGUUCCACCUAAUAACUGAAAAUUGAAAGACCCUAAUCCCUUAAAACUCAGUAUCCACUUUAAAUUUUUAACAGAAACAAAGUGCCAAAACCACAAACCAUUCUCUAAUGAAUGAUCUCAGAUAAUAGCUUCCAUUUUGGAAGUUUCUUCAAAAUAGUUUUGCAUUGUUAGGACAAUCUUGCAAAGAAAUCGGAAAGUUAGAAUCAUAACUUUUAAAAGAAAUUGAUGCCGCAUAAAAUAAACUGGUUUUAUAUCCUACGUAGUGCAUUAUUUUAGUCUUAUUAAUUUAAUGGCAGCAAUUGUAGUGAAUGACACUUCCCAAUUGUAACAGCUUAAUUCCUGAACUUAGCUCCAGUUUGCUAAAGACUAAAUUGGUACUUGAAACACAACACUGACAGCUCCAGAAGGCUAGAGAAAAACAGAAUCCACAAAGUAAUUUUUUGUAUUGGAGGCUGCUUCAGAUGAUACAUGAAGGCCUGAUACAGCUUUCAGAUUGGAAUUCCCCGUUGUUUCAAAAAGCAGAAACUAUAAACCUUUCCAAAGAUGAAUUCAGAUUCUCAGAUAGCCAUUUUUGUCUUACUGUGUGCUUUGAUCACUGAAUUUCUUUGCUAGAUAAUGCCAUGCAGUUAUUACAGAACUAAAUGGUUAUUUCUUUGACCUCAGGUUUUGGCACAAGUUUAAGUUUCUGUCGGUUCUGCAAAUUGUCUAGACUAUUUUAUAUGUGACAGAAUGUAAUUUGUGCUUAUCAUACUGACUUUCCAGACCAUGUUUCAUUUUCCAUACAUAAUAUUUUUAUAGUUAAGCUGGAAAAAGUUUUAUGUUGUAAUUUUAUGGGAUUUGAGACAGAAAAGGAAGUUAGGAAGACAAGGAGACACAGCUCAACAAGAAACCAUAAAUAAUCUCAUAAGUAAAACCAGUGUUCAAAGAAAGGCCUCAUUUGCCUAUACGAGUUAUUUUCUUCAACUCAAAGAUCAAUCACUCUGACUGGGACUGCCAAUGCUCUUGUGCUGUUUUCAGCACAGACCUACACCAAUGACUGGCAGUAUUUAUGACAGCAGGAGAUGCUUACUUCAUGAGAGUGGUCAAAUCAAAGGACUCUUUAUUGACUGUGAGGAAAAAAAAAGUUAGAAUUUAAUUCACUAAGCAGUUUUAAAAAACAUUAACAGUGUAAAAUCUUUUAUCAUUUUAAUUAAUUGUAAGAAGCAUCAAUACAAAGGUGAGAAACUCCUAAUGUAGCACUCUCAGGAACAUCCAAAGUGGCAGGCUUGAGGGUACUUCAGAGUUCUAGAGCCAGUUAAGCUCCCUGCUCCCAUUCUGUCCCACUCAAGGGUAACACCCAAGUGUGUGCUAGCCCUCCAGUCCUCUUUCUGUUCAGCUGCCUUUAUCUUCUUGUAAAGAGAUUUGUUAUACUGAUGGGAAGGAAACCUCCAUGCCAGGUCCCUAGGCUGGUGGCCACUAUACUAGACUGUGUUAAAGCAAGUACCCAACUGCUCCUAUUGACAUGGCUGCAAAGGGUUAUUGGUCUCCUGUUUUACAGACCUCUCUCCUUCUGCCCCAAUGUGUUAAAAAGUCAAAACCAACUGAAACUAAACCCCACAAGCACUAGUCCUUAGGUUCCCAGCACUGUCCAGGCAGACUCCUUUUUUAACUUAACUCUGCUUAUUGUAAAUAUUUAAAUGGAUUGAUAAAUAUUUUUUAAAAGUAUUUGUAUAUUUAAAUGCAAGGAAUUAAUUUAAAAUUCCUCCAGGUACUUUGGUACUUUAUUUCUUUAAUCUCAAUACCACUGAGAUGCCCUUAAAAGCAGUCUGUGAGAUGUGCUCAUCCAUAUAUUUUGAGGAUGUAUAUGGUCAAAGCCAUAAAGCAUUUCUAAAGAGACAUUGAUUGCUCAGGGUCACAGGCAGAACAGUUUCAUGCAACAUCUACCCAGAUGAACCUUUGUUCAACCUUCACUUGAUUAAAAUUUUGUGAUUUGAAAAAAGGGAAAAGGAAAAGGAAGGGAAUGUAGGUAAUUACGCAACUAAAUUGCCAAGCAUCCCAGGAUUGUAGUUUACUCCUGCAUCAUACACUAUUGAAACAAAUGUAAUUUCUUUUGACACACAGUUCGUUAAUAUAUCUAAGAAGUCUAGAAAGUAAACAAUCAAAAAACCAAAACAGUUUUCAAAGAUUAUUUCUCUGAAAGUAGUGAAUAGUCUUUUACUGCAGGCUAGCAAAAUUUUUAAAGCAUUUUGGAUCUUCACACAUUCUAUAAAUUGAGUACUAUAGGAUUCAUGGUUAAAGUAUUGUAUGAUUUAUUAUGUAAAGGAUCUGAAGAAAAAUAAGGGCCUGAUGCAAGAUGAAAUGUGUAUAAAUGCCAGUAAUACACAGAGAACAUAUAAAAAAGAAUUCAUGUUUGCACAUACAUAUUUACAUAUGUGUGUGUGUAUAUAUAUAUAUAUAUGCAAAAUACCCACAGGAGUAGAUGACAGUUUUCCCAUUUAUUAGACAAUGAGCAGAGUUAAAAUUUUCUUCCUUCUAUACAAAGAUUAGUUUGCUUUAUUGAAAAUUCUAAAUUAAAUAUUCUGUAGUCAUUUGAAGCCUAUAAGACCUCAGCAGAACUAGAAGUCUUAAAGUGAUUCAGCUAUUUGUUUCAAGCUAAGCCAGUUCCCUAAAGUUAAGACUUGAAAUAGAUGGUAUGAAGGUAUGGUGUAAAGGACUGGAGAGAUCUCAUGCUAAUAUUAAAUUCCAUCUACACAAACCUGUAUUAGACAAUGUAGAAUCAUUCUUUAAAAAUAAAUGAGAACAUUCCCCUAAUCAAGCAACCAAACUUCAAAAUGAAAAAGCAAAAUUCACAUAUGCACCUUCGGUACAUCCCAAAUAAAAUGUUUAGUUUGGUAGACAAAUCAUAAUCAUAAACAAUCAAUGUUUAUAAAUCAUAAACAGAAGAAUUUCAGAAUGCAAAUGCCUACAUGUUGUAAUGGUAAGUAUUGACUUGUGUAUGUGCAUCUGUAUCUCUUUGCCACAUUUGUCUUUAGGAUUAUGGGAAUACACUUCAAUUUUGUGUGAGAUGACAUUUUGUUUCUUGUUAAUGCACUUUAAUGUAAUGUGUAUAUUUAUACUUAGUAAUUUUUAAAUGCUUUUCUAGUAAACUGUUGCAAAUGUAGUGAAUAAAUAUCUGAUUGUCAGAAACUGUGGGUUUGAGAAAAUAAGCUCAUAAAAAAUAAACACUCCAAUAUGGA